AAUCCCAGACAUCUAAUUUAUCUUUAAGAAGAUCAAUUUACUUUCUAUCUAUUUACUUUUUAAAUCUUAAAUGUAUUUUUAGUUUGGAAAGACCUAACAUAAAUUACAUUAUAUUAUAUUGUACUAGUUACAUUAAGGUACAUAGUCAAGUGCAUUACUUGCCACAAUACCAUUUAGUAUUUUCACUUUUAAAACAUUUCUCAGUAGUCAGUGAAUAGUUAAAAGUUCAUAAACAUUUAAUAUUUGUCUAGUAGACUAGAAGCAUUAAGUUAGUAGUCAUAAUAUAUUGUAUACACUAUGUCCCCACCAACUAUCAGGUCAUCUCAAGGAAAUACAGCCAGUCAAACACAAGGGCCUCAAUAUGCUAAAGUAUUUGUUCAACGAGACUAUUCGGACGGCACAACUGUAAAAUUUAUGACAAGUUUUCCACAAGGACUUGAAAACAAGAUCGAGCGAUCAGUUUUUGAAUAUACAAUCAAUCAGUUGAAUACAUAUUUUGCCGAAGCUGAAAAAGCAUCAUGUAAAACUUACUGUGAAGGCUGUUUUGCGUGUUUCACGGUGUAUACAAUGUUUUUGUGUGCAGAUACCCACUAUGAAAAAUGUUUACGCAAAGUUGGAAAAUUUAUUGUGGAACAGAAUGAAAUGGUCUAUUUACCAAGAGGUUUGCUACUUACCAAUCCUGCUGAACGAGGGUUAAGAAUUAUUGAAAUAACUAUGCUAGAUCAACCAAUAGUGGCCAGAACAUGACUCACAUUAUCCGUUUCGACGGAAGAAUUCUUCAUGUGAAAAUUGGCUAAAAAUAUUUGUUGAGUGUAAUAUAACUACUAUUACAAUUGAUGUCAUACAAACUAAAUGUCAAUCUUUCAAUGGUUUUUCAUUUAAAUACUUUGAAUCUUGCAUUCUUAUGGUCUAUGGAAGAAAACUAUUGUUAUGUUAGUAUUAGUUUUUUUUUGUUGUUGCGUGGUUUUG